AUGGAGCCAGUCACCACCCAUCCCAAGGGAACCAACUACCACCCAUCCCAAUGGAAUCAGCCACCACCCAUCCCAAGAGAAGCAACCACCACCAUCCCAAGGGAACCAGCCACCCAUUCCAAGGGAACCAAACACCACCCAUUCCAAGGGAACCAAACACCACCCAUUCCAAGGGAACCAAACACCACCCAUCCCAAGGGAACCAACCACCCAUCCCAAGGGAACAAGCCAUCACCAUCCCAAGGGAACCAGCUACCACCAUCCCAAGGGAACCAGCCACCACCAUCCCAAGGGAAGCAACCACCACCAUCCCAAGGAAGAAAACAAAAAGAAAAAAUCCCCAAUUUGAUGGUAAAAUGA